UAUGUCCUUAUGAUUGGAUAACUUUAGGGUUUGGCUCCUUUAUAUUUUAAAAGGAAAACAGUAAAGACAAUAACCACAUUAUUGUAACAUUACAGGGAACGAAUAAUAUGAUUGUUUAUCGUAGAUAAAAGCACUUUGGCUCCAAUUCCCAGCGUUCUAAUUAAGGACAAGUCAGCUGAUAUUGAUGAUGUCAUUCAAAACAAGACAGUUAACUUUUGUCGUCCCAGGGCUUUGAAAACGACAUUCCACAAGAGGUAUUUUAAUUACAGAGUAACCUAAGGAUGUCGAUUGUGAAAAGUGGCUUCCUCCAUCGGCAGAGCACUAUUCUGCGGCGGUGGAAGAGGAACUGGUUUGACCUGUGGUCUGAUGGGCGGCUGGUUUUCUAUGAUGACCAGCACCGGCGAGAUCUGGAGGAUGAGAUCCACAUGAGAGUGGACUGCAUUAACAUUCGCAGUGCAACUGCAUGUCAAGAUCUGAACCCUCCAGAGGGCAGAAGUCGAGAUGCCCUGCUCCAGAUAGUCUGCAGAGAUGGACGGGUCAUCAGCAUUUGUGGAGACAGUGCAGAUGAUGCUCUGGCAUGGACCAUGGCUCUCCAGGAUGCCAGAAUCAGCUCUGUGGUCGCUCAACCUCAGAUUGGCUUUCCGCAGCAGAUCGUUCCUUCUGCCCCUCCUCCGUAUUCUGAAUAUGGUCCUCCACCUCCGGUUUAUGUCCCGGACGCUUAUGGAGGCUAUGCCCCAGCUCCUCCUGCCCAUGGCACACAGAUAAUUUACUCCUCUGAUGGGCAGUCCUAUGCGCUUGCAUACCCCUAUCAGUACCAAGGAGCAUAUCCUAUGAGGGAUCCCCAAGGGAUGAAUCAGGUUAUUGUUCACGAGCGUCAACGUGACGAUGGAGGAGACGUGGCUCUCAGCAUGCUCGCUGGAGCUGCGACUGGAUUGGCUCUUGGCUCUCUCUUCUCUGUCUUCUAGUGUCUUCAUAGGAACAGCUUACAACGAUACCCAUCCCCAACUGACACACACCAUUCCCACAUGUUGGUAGCACUGCAACUUCAUCUCUGUAGCCAUGUGACAGAGAUGGAGGAGUUAAAUGUAUGUGAUGGUUGGGCUUUGUUCACCAAUGAGGCAUGAUUGUGAUGUGCCAGUGAAUUACUCCUUUUGUGUCCUUACCAAAGCUCUUGAUGUAUUAACGCUCUAGCACUUUCUAUUAGGCACAGUAGCUAUCAUGCAGCUUGCCUCUUCUGUUUGUACUGCCUCUCCUUUUGUUUGAAACACGAAUGUACUUUUGAAUAAACGCAAAUGAUAAUUGGAUAUUCUAACCCACAUUUGAAGGAAAGGUUUUGAUAUGUAUGUAGACUUUAUUUCAUCCUUUCAGGUCUAGCAAAUGUCAAGUGUUCUAACUGAUGUCCCAUGUAGUAGAGUGGUCAAUAAGAAUGUGAGAAAAGAGUGUUUGUUUAGUGGCACCUGCCUGAGCGUGUAGACUACAUUUCUUUGUUCCUUUUCUGAGCCUUGUGCGUCCUGAUUCUUCACCUAAAACCGGUCUUACAUCCAAUGUGCUUUCGCAAGGUUUUUCACACUUUUUUUCAUCUACUUUGACUUUGGGAUUUUACUCGCCUUCAUAUGUUGUUACUUGGUUAUUGUCAUUCCUUCAACAUGGUAGGGUAUUAGAUAUAUUUGUUAAGAGGAAGUGAAAAUGGGAUUGUUUUCUUCUUUACCAUUAUUGUUUUGUUUUCCCAUUACUCCAUUGUCAGCUGUUAAACCAUAUCUUUUAUUUUAUCUCAUGUUUGAAUGGAUUUUCAGGAGAUGCAUGUGUUUGUUAGGGUAUGCAGAAGCAUCAUCAGGUUAAUCUUAAGUUUAAAAGCUGCUACAACAGAGAACUGAAUGAUACUCCUUGACAUUUUAAUUGUUUUGACUUUACUCACACUCCCAAAAUGAUUUUUAAAUAUCUAACUGUAUUUUUCCUGUUACUGGUAUUAAUGGUAUAUUUGACUAAUUACAUUAUGUGCUCUUUGGUUAAGUGGAUAAGUUACUAGUUAAAUAAUUGAGUGGCCUCAUUGUUCUGUAUCACUGAACACAUCAGAGAGACUGGUUUAUCACCUAUUAACCUUUUUAUAUUCAAUUUCAAAGUCUUAUAUUUAAUUGAAAGUUACGCCACCUUGUAUAGACAUUUGGAAUACUAGGUUAUGUUUCCUCUUUUGACAUGAAAGUUGUAUACAGUAAUUUAUGAUAUCAGAUUAUAUUUAUUAGGUAACAAAUGAAGUGAAAAUCAUUAUACCUUACAUUUCAAAUGGAAAACAUGAUUUGUUAUGCAGAAUUAAUGCAUUGUUUAUUGCUCUUUAGCGAUGUAUGACAUUUUAACAAUUAUGUAUUAAAUUAUCAUUAAGUUCA